UUGUUCACUGUUCAACUUCUCGUCUUUUAUCAAUGCUUUGGGUACUAACGACAAUAGCAGCUACGUUCUUUUGGUCAAUCAUAAGUAUUUGGCUUCUUGUCGCUCAAUGUUGUUGUUGUAAAAGGAAGAAAAAAGACAAACGUACUGCUUCAGAGAUAUUCAUGGAGAGAUUGAUAGAAGAAGAUAUACGACUAUAUAGAGAAGAAUUGCGGAAACAACGAAACGACGCUAUUAAAGCAAUGGAAGAGGAAAAGAAAGUUAAAAAACGGGAAAAACCUUCAUCAACCGAAAAGAAAAAAUCCUCUUCAUCCCCUUCAAAUAAUAAGAAAAAAACAAAAGCAUCGGGGAUUGUUGGACCGCAAAGUAGCAGUGAGGAAAUGUUGGCAUUAAAGAAAGGGAAAAAAGUUUCAGCUGUUCUUGCCGCUGAAGAAUCUCAGAAACGGGAAGAAAGUAGUCUCAAAUCGAGUAGAGACGAUGUUGAUGAUAAUCCAGACUAUGACACAUUGGAUUUUGUUGAAAAGUUGGAUGUAUUCAAGAAAGAUGGGAAGAAGAAGAAAAAGAAGAGCCAGGACUGA